UAAAUUUCAUAAUCAAGUACAUUAGUCUCUAUAAAUAGCCUAAGAAACAACCUUUAUAUACAUAAAACACUGAUUAAUUUUCAUUUUUUCUCUUCUAAUUCUUUUUUCCAUAGAAUAAAAAAUGGAUUCUAUUGUAGGUGAAAAUCAUUCGCAUAAAAUUCCAGUUAUAGAUUUUUCGAACAAAGAGUUGAAACCGGGUUCACACGUGUGGUCUUCCACGUGUGAGGAAAUCCGACAUGGUUUAGAAGAGUAUGGUUGUUUUGUGGCAAAAUAUAAUUAUUGUGAAACACAAAUAUUUUCUCAAUCAAAAGAUCUUUUCGAUCUACCGGUAGAGACAAAAAUGAAGAAUGUUAGUGAAGAACCCUUUCGCGGGUAUCUUGGUAAGAAGCCUCAAAUUCCACUCUAUGAGGGUUUAGCUAUUAACAAAGUUACAAGUUUGGAGGAAAUUAAGAAGUUUGCCAAUCUUAUGUGGUUAGAUGGGAAUGAUCAAUUUUGUGAUAUUGUUCAUUCAUAUGCAAAGCAAUUAGCCUUAUUAGAGGAGAUGGCUACAAUAUUGGUGUUUGAAAGCUAUGGAGUGCAAAAGCAUUGGAAGACUGUCGAGGCUGUUCGUAAUUAUGUUCUUCGAUUUUUAAAAUAUUCUGAACCUGAUCGAAACUCUAAUACCACUGUAAGAUUUGUUCCUCAUACUGAUUUAGACUUCACAACAAUACUUCACCAGAAUCAAGUUGGCGGUCUCCAAGUUCAAGCUAAGGAUGGAACCUGGAUUGACAUUAACCCUAAACCUUCUCAUUUUAUUUUCAUGGCGGGCGACAUGAUGAAGGUUUGGAGCAAUGAUAGAAUACGAGCUUGUUACCAUCAAGUGAAGUUUUCCGGAGAUGGUGAGAGAUAUUCAAUGGGAAUGUUUACAUUCACAGAUGGAGAAAUUGAAGUUCCUCAAGAAUUUGUGAAUGAAGAACAUCCAUUACUAUAUAAUUACCCUUUUGAUAGUAGAAAAUAUAUUCAAUUUUAUGUCACUGCAGAUGAGGCCAAGAAGACCAAAAAUCCAAUCAAAGCCUUUUUUGGUGUUUGAAUUAACCUAAUAAUAAUUAUGAAAAUAUUAUGUAUUUUUUGUUAUGAAAAUAAAUUGAUUGUUUUACAUAA